AUGCAUUUAUACAUGCGAGCAUGUUUUGAGAAUCCAAUCAGCUCAUGGAAGUCGAGUCAUUCUCUUAAGUACCUUGGCAUUCCGAAAUAUAAAGGUAGUCGGUCGGUUAAUUUAAAUAAAACAGCUCUUCGAUUCCUUGUGGUGGAUCGUUUCUCUGGAGAUUUCGAAUCCACAUUAAAAAAUCGUGAAAUAUCUGCAUCUGGUAUUCUUGAAGACAGCACAAAUGUGCCAGAUGCAUUAGAAUAUAUGCAUUGGAGAGACUACGCUAAAGCAGAUAUUAAAGCUUCUAAUCUUCUACACAGAUCUUCCAAACAAGAGGUUUAUUUAGCUGACUUUGGUCUAGUUCACUUAUUUCGUUCAGAAGGUGUACAUACUGUUGAGAAACCAGAUCCUGAAUUUCGACACAAUGGAACAAUAGAGUCUCGUUCACGAGAUGAAAAUAAUGGAUUCCCUCCAUCUCGUCGUGGGGAUUUGGAAAUUUUACUGUUCAAACUUAUCCAUUGGUUGGCUCGAUUUCAUCGCAAUGCUCCUCAGUUACAUCCCGCUGUUAAGAGAAAUAGCCUAAGUAAAACGAGUCGAAAAUAA